GGCAGGGCCUGCCGAUACAGUAAUAAGACCUGAUAACGAAAGCACAGAGGAGAACCAGCAGGAGAGGGAGACACAACCAUAACAAUCUAAAAGGCUGGCUAGGCACGAGAAGGGAAAGGUGCACACCUUCCCAGCUGCAUGUUUCUUGGGGUGCAUCAAGAGCAGGGUGAGCAGGAGAAGACUGUCCCCCCUGGGGCUCCUUUGGCAGAAAGAUGAUGGACCCCUGUGAAUGUGCCAGCCAGAUGAAGCCCGGCCUGUCCUUUUCCAUUGAGGAGAUCUUAAAGAAACCUUCUGCCAGUACCACCAGCAAUGAAACCAGGAACAGGAAUAACUAUGCUGAGAGAUCUCCAACUCUAAAAGCAGAAUCACCGUGGGCCUUUGAUUUCAGCAGCAGGAGUCAAUUACAGAAUGACUUCCCUUCAGAUAAAAUGCUUCUCCCUGCCAUGUGUGCUACCCCCAUGGCCAGAGCAAAGAAAGUGCAGUCAGCUCACUGCAGGAGAGCUACUGACAGCUCAGCUUCCUUCCUGGGUGAGGACAUAGGACGUGAACAACUGGAAGGCAAAAGAAAACAUGAGGAAGAGGAAGACCAACUGUGUGAUUUCCCAGUGGACCAUCCACUUCAUGCUGAGAGGAAAGGGAAACGGAGAAUCCGGACAACAUUCACAGCUGAGCAGCUUCAGGAACUUGAGAAGAUUUUCCAAGUGACUCACUACCCAGAUGUCCAUAUUCGCAAUCAGUUGGCAGCAAAGAUUAACCUACCAGAAGCCAGAGUUCAGAUCUGGUUCCAGAACCAGAGAGCCAAGUGGAGGAAACACGAAAAAUUUGGCAACUUUGGAGGCCUUCAGCAUCUGACAGAAGUUGAUUUCAUUCCUGCUCCCAAGUCAGAUAUCACAGCUCCUAGCUUGAUGCCGAGGAAGUUUGCAGCCACCAUCCCUUCCACAGGAUACUACUCACCACUGCAAGGGCAGCUGACAACUGCUUGGCUGCCCAGCACAUUCUCCUACAUCCCCCACCACUUGGAGCUGCUGCCUUUCCCAAAACCAUGCUUGUUCUUCAACGUCCUCCCUGCCUACAGUGCACCACGCUCCCACAAGAUGGAACAGAGCAGUAUCUGUGCCAGCUCUACAUAGAGGAUAUGGAGGAGCAGGGGACUUGGGGAGCACAGUUUUAUCACCCGUGACAGUUUGCAAGGGGCAGGUGUUCUCCUUAAGCAAGUAUGCUGGGAUGACAAAUGGCAUGAAGUCAGUACCAACACAAGAAGCUGCAGUCUAAUGAACAUUGGCAAGAGCCACCAUGGACUGGGAAGGAGAUCAGUGUUAACCAGAGGAGCAGCAUGUUCUGCAGAAACCAAGCCAAGAACUUCUCCCUGGAGGGACAGUGCACCAAACUGAGUGGUCCUGCAAAAGAACUUGGUUUUUACUCAGCACUGAGAUAUGACCACAUGACUCUAUUGCACCAAUGCCUUGGGGAAGGAAAUUUUCCUGCUGUGAGGAGCAUGUAGCCCCAAAGUGAGGCCAAACAGGAUUUUCCUCCUCCAUAUAUAUAGGUUGCUUUCUUUGGAUAUGCUGUUCUUUACUUGGGGAGGGGCAAAGAACAUGUUUAGGUCAAAAUAUCAGACUUUCAAGAUACUUCUGUUUUCCAGAGCAUUUGGUGAGGGAAGGGAGUGGGUUUGGUUUGAUGGAUGUGUUUUUGACUUGAAUAAAGGGACAAAAACACUAUUUGAGUUUAAAUACAACAGUCUGAGAGGGGCAAAAGGGCUGAGCUCUGGAUUUGGUACUGUGAGUCUCCGGGGGCAAGAGAAUUCUUCAGUUGGUUAAUUAAAAUGCUUAUGAAGAAGCCUCUCAAUUUUUGACCUGAAUUAAGAAAGCUCUGAAACUCCAUCUGAAACAAUAACAAAAAGAGACGGCCUAACUGAGUUUAAUCUACUAGACAUAAUAGGAUGUUAUGACCCCACAGUUUGGCUUAAUUGUAGAUCAAUAAUGAGAUCGGCCUACCCAUUUACAAAAUGUCUGUAUGCCCUAUUAUUUGCAUAAUAUUAAUCUCCUUCCAACAUAUGGCUUUUUCCCUGCUUGUCAAAGGUCCAGUGCUCCUUCUGCAGAUGUCUCCACUGACUCAUGGGAAACACUGUUGGAAGGCAUUGUUUAAAGGAUUGCAUUGUUUUUUGCUUUGCAGCCACAACACACACUGCUCACCAAUAGGGGAAACUGCUGAGCAAAGGCAGUAAAAUGUGGUCUCCCUCCCAGACAUACCACUUGUAAGGGUGGCCAGUUGUGACACAGUCCAAAUACAAAGCAAAUCACCACCCAAAUGCUUGCUGAAGAGUCUGCUGUGUGUAUGUGGGAGUGCAGAUAGGUUAAUGCCUCUGUAUAGGUUGUACAUUUAAGAAAUCUCUCUGGGUAUAAUCCAGCUGCCAGGUCUUCAGCCUUUUCCCAGUCACUGAUAGUUACAUAGGGUUCACAGUGAAUUAAUAGCAUUUCUGCCAUCUGGCUGGUACCAGUUGCCCCUGUAUUUUACAUUUGAGAGACCUGAAAACAACUAAGUAGUUGAUUGUUGCAGGGUAAAACAUGAAUGAGCAAAACCCUGCCUUGUAUGGACUUAAUUUCUCCAGGCCACAACUAUUCAUCAGAAAACACUGUCCUGUCUCCCACAGGUGCUUCAUUCCCUUUUUCCUGCAUUUGCUUGAGUCUUUACAUCCUCUUCGUCCCUGGCAUCUUAUCUGUCAUCUAAAGGACAGUCAAGUCAGACACAGCAUUAAAGUUCAGAACCAUAAAGGGGUUAAAGCAACCAACUGAUUAAAAUCAAGGGGAAUUAGUUAUGCUAUUCACCUCUUGCAACUUCUGUUCUGGGCACACAUAUACUUUAAACCUGCCUGACAAAGGUUUGUCAGAGGAACAAGUUGUCUGAGGAAGCUGACCACACACUAGCAAUACCUGCUAAAGUGCAGCAAUGGUUUGAUCCUAAUUUCAGAGUAAAAGCACAGGUGAUUCACUUUACUUUGUAGGUGUCUGGGGAUUUAUCAGGGAAAAAGAGUCAGAGGUGUUCAGUUCUUACUAUACUGCUUCAGAAUCUAGCAUCUCUGCUAUGGUUGUCCCAACCAGAAGAACUCUGGCUAUCUCAGUAGCCCAGUAGCUGAAAAAAAAGCAUAAUUAUAAUCUCUAUCCAAUGGGCCCAGCAGAGAGCUCAGACUCAAAUCUAGUCACAACAUUUUGUUCCCUUGGCUGAUCUGGAUAACUUCUCCAAGGUAAGGGGCAAUGUGACAUUGUCCCUGUAUGCUUUGCCCUCAUGAGGCUUUAUCUGGAGUAUUCUUUCCAGGCCUAGGGCCUCCAGCACAAGAAAGAGAAGGGCCACAAAGAUGACCGGGGGCUGGGACACCUCUCCUAAGAAGACAGGCUGAAGGAGCUGGGCUUGUUCAGUCUGGAGAAGGCUGCAGGGAGACCUCAUUGCAGCCUUCCAGUAUUUAAAGGAAGAUUAAAAGAGGGAGGGAAAUGAACUUUUUACAUGAGUAGAUAGUGAUAGGACAAGAAGGAAUGGUUUUAACAUAAGGGAGAGGAGAUUUUGAUUAGAUAUCAGGGGAAGUUUUUCACUGAGAGGGCAAUGAGGCACACCACAGGCUGCCCGGAGAAGCUGAGGGCAACUCCCAUCCUUGGAGGUGUUCAAGGCCAGUUUGGAUGGGGCCCUGGGCAGCCUGAUCUAACACUUGAUCUAAUGCCUGGUAACUCUGCCCAUGGCAGUGGGGUUUGAACUUGAUGAUCCUUGAGGUCUCUUCCAACCCAAGCCAUUUUAAGGUUCUAUGAUUCUAUAACAGAUUAGAGUUACAGACUCCUUGCCAAUGGACAUCCUGGAAGGCUGUUGUUCAGCCUCGUGAAUCAGGUCAUGUUAACCUAAGGACAGCUCAGAAAUGAGUGUCCCAGCCUGUGACAAAAAUGAAGCAUCAUUACUUAUGGUAGAUGUUUAGAGGUUUUACUUCAAAUGACAAGGCUAUGCAACCUACUUCACAGAUACUCUUUGCAGUCCCUCACAAAGUCCCUUAUAACCUUCACAGUUCCUCCCCUCUGUUCGUGGCUCUGAUUUCCAUUCUCAUACUGACUUGUCUCAAUGUGCCAGGCCACCAAUAUCAGAUAAAUAAAACCUCUUCAGCACAAGGAAAACAACCCUGUCGAUGAUGUUUGCACACUGUAGACACCUCUGAGCCUUCAGACUGCCCUGGCUUAGCUCACCUAGCUAUCUUGUGUCCUUGAUCUUUCCAUGUAAAUCCUUCAGGGUCAUAGGUAUUGAGGGCAAGAUUCUGAACUGGAUCAAAAACAAUUAGAUGGA